UCAAGCAUCGUACUAUAGUUCAUGUGAUAUACAACAAACUUAUAAUAUAUAGAAUUAUACGAAAGAAAAUAUUGUGAGUGAGAUAAUAAAUUAUAUUGUGUUAGAAAAUAACCAUUUGGUAAUGCAGUUUAUAUUUUUGAUAGAUCAGUGAAUUAAUUUCUAAAGAUUUCUCUAUUGUGUAGAAUUUAUUAUAUUACAAUAUGGCGGACGCCGCCGCACGACAAUUGCAAUACGAAUAUAAAGCGAAUUCCAAUUUAGUUUUACAAGCUGACGUUCGGCUAAUAGAAAGACGUAGCAGAGAUGAAGCUACCGGUGAAGUUAUGUCCCUUGUUGGGAAGCUGGAUGGCACACGCAUGGGUGACAGAGCACAACGAACAAGACCGGGAAAAGCUGAAGAAAGGAAAGCAAAACGUCAGAAGCGAGAUGAAGCACAGUAUGAUUUUGCACGCAUGAGAGGUGCCACUUUACUUUCAGAAGGAGUAGAUGAAAUGGUUGGUAUCGUUUAUCGACCUAAAACUCAAGAAACACGUCAAACUUAUGAAGUAUUGCUCAGUUUUAUUCAAGAAGCUUUGGGCGAUCAACCACGCGAUAUUUUAUGUGGUGCUGCGGAUGAGGUUUUGGCAGUAUUGAAAAAUGACAGAUUGAAAGAAAGAGAAAAGAAGAAGGAAACAGAAUUGUUACUUGGUUCAUUGGCUGAAGAAAGAUUUGCAUUAUUGGUUAAUCUUGGUAAAAAGAUAACAGAUUUUGGUAAUGAUGAAAAAAGUACCACAAAUGAAGAAAACAUUGAUGAAACAUAUGGGAUUAAUGUACAAUUCGAAGAGAGCAGUGAAGAAGACGAUGAAGAUGUUUAUGGAGAGGUUAGGGAGAAUGAUGAUGAAGGUGAUGAAGGAGAAGAAGCUAAUGACGAUAGAGCCAUUCAUGCUGAGAAUUUAGGUGGAGCAGAAGAGAUGAAAAAGGAAAAACCAUUACAUCCUCUUGAUAUAGAUGCAUAUUGGUUACAAAGAAGAUUAAGUAGAAUAUAUGAUGAUGCUAUGGUUUCUCAAGCAAGAGCAGCAGAAGUAUUAACAGUUUUGAAGGAUGCUAGCGACGAUCGUGAUUGUGAAAAUCAACUAGUUUUACUUUUGGGUUAUGACUGUUUUGACUUUAUAAAACAGUUAAAGAAAUAUAGACACACAAUUGCCUACUGCACGAUGUUAGCAGCUUCACAAUCUGAAUCAGAAAGGCAAAAAAUACGUAAUAAGAUGAAUGACGAGCCAGUACUUGCAAAAAUCUUAAAACAAUUAGAUACAGGAAAAGGUGAUGACGAUGCGGAUGAAACAAUGGAAGCCAGAGCACAGCGUAAAAGAAGAGAAGAAAAUGAAGACACUGGAGGUCCUGGAGGUCAAGUUCAAGGAACCAGAAAUUUAAUAGACUUGGAAGAUUUAAUAUUUGCACAAGGAAGUCAUUUUAUGGCAAACAAGCGUUGUCAACUGCCUGAUGGAAGUUUUAGGAAACAAAGAAAAGGAUAUGAAGAAGUUCAUGUACCUGCUUUAAAACCCAAACCAUUUGGCGAUAAUGAGAAACUUUUGCCGAUCGAAGAUUUACCAAAAUACGUUCAACCUGCUUUUGAGGGUUUUAAGACAUUGAACAGAAUUCAAAGUCGUUUAUAUCAAAGUGCAUUGGAAAGUGACGAAAAUUUAUUAUUAUGUGCACCUACUGGUGCUGGUAAGACAAACGUUGCUCUACUUUGUAUGAUGCGUGAAAUUGGCAAACACAUUAAUGCAGACGGCACGAUAAAUGCGGACGAAUUUAAAAUAAUUUAUGUUGCACCAAUGCGUUCUCUCGUACAAGAAAUGGUUGGUAAUUUUGGAAAAAGAUUGUCAACUUACAAUUUAACUGUUUCGGAAUUGACCGGAGAUCAUCAACUGACUAGAGAACAAAUAGCUGCGACCCAAGUAAUUGUUUGUACACCAGAAAAGUGGGACAUCAUAACACGUAAAGGUGGUGAAAAGACAUUCACUUCAUUAGUAAGAUUAAUUAUAAUUGAUGAAAUUCAUUUGUUGCACGACGAAAGAGGUCCAGUUUUAGAAGCCUUGGUUGCAAGAACGAUCAGGAAUAUUGAAACCACUCAAGAAGAUGUUAGACUUGUAGGUUUAUCAGCUACAUUACCCAACUAUCAAGAUGUUGCCACAUUUUUACGUAUUAAAAUGGAAACUGGUCUUUUCUAUUUUGACAACAGUUUUAGGCCUGUUGCACUAGAACAACAAUAUAUUGGUGUGACAGAAAAAAAAGCAUUGAAACGAUUUCAAGUUAUGAAUGAAAUAGUUUAUGAAAAAACAAUGGAACAUGCUGGUAGGAAUCAAGUAUUAAUUUUCGUGCAUUCUCGUAAAGAGACUGGGAAAACUGCACGUGCAAUCAGGGACAUGUGUUUAGAAAAAGAUACCCUAGGUCAAUUUCUUCGAGAAGGUUCUGCAUCUAUGGAAGUAUUGAGAAGUGAAGCGGAACAAGUAAAGAAUCAAGAGCUUAAAGAUUUAUUGCCUUAUGGAUUUGCUAUCCAUCAUGCUGGUAUGACAAGGGUAGAUCGUACUUUAGUUGAAGAUCUUUUUGCUGAUAGGCACAUACAAGUCCUUGUUUCGACUGCUACUUUAGCUUGGGGUGUUAACUUACCAGCUCAUACAGUUAUAAUCAAAGGUACACAAGUAUAUAAUCCAGAAAAAGGCAGGUGGGUUGAAUUAGGUGCCUUAGAUGUUUUGCAAAUGUUAGGUCGAGCUGGUCGUCCACAAUAUGACACUAAAGGUGAAGGAAUUUUAAUUACCAACCAUAGCGAACUUCAAUAUUAUUUAUCUCUUCUGAACCAGCAAUUACCAAUAGAGUCGCAAUUGAUUAGCAAGCUACCAGAUAUGUUAAAUGCAGAAAUAGUUUUAGGUACCAUUCAAAACAUUAGAGAUGCCGUCACUUGGCUUGGUUAUACAUAUUUAUAUGUCAGAAUGCCACGUUGUCCUAAUCUUUAUGGAAUAGGUCAUGACAAAUUAAGAGAAGAUCCUUUGUUAGAAUUACAUAGAGCAGACUUGAUUCAUUCUGCUGCAGUUGCAUUAGACAGAAGUGGUUUAAUAAAGUACGAUCGUAAAUCUGGAAAUUUCCAAGCAACCGAGUUAGGUAGAAUAGCUUCACAUUAUUAUUGCACUCAUGAAACAAUGUCGACGUACAAUCAACUUCUCAAACGAACAUUAAGUGAGAUCGAAUUGUUCCGAGUAUUCUCCUUGUCCAGCGAAUUCAAAAAUAUUAAUGUCAGAGAGGAAGAGAAAUUAGAAUUACAAAAGUUGAUGGAACGAGUACCUAUACCAGUUAAAGAGAGUAUAGAAGAACCUAGUGCUAAAGUGAAUGUAUUGUUACAAGCAUACAUCUCACAAUUAAAAUUGGAAGGAUUUGCUCUGAUGUCCGAUAUGAUGUUAGUUACGCAAUCGGCAACACGAUUAAUGAGAGCUAUAUUUGAAAUUGUCUUGUUCCGCGGAUGGGCUCAAUUAGCAGAUAAAUGUUUAUCCUUGUGUAAAAUGAUAGACCGUAGAAUGUGGCAAUCCAUGUCGCUUUUAAGACAAUUCCGAAAGAUGCCGGAGGAAAUAGUGAAAAAAAUAGAGAAGAAAAACAUGCCAUGGGAAAGAUUGUACGAUCUUGGACCUAACGAAAUCGGUGAAAUGAUACGAUCACCUAAAUUAGGAAAAACUAUUUAUAAAUAUGUCCAUCAGUUUCCAAAAUUGGAAUUAUCGACGCAUAUCCAACCGAUCACGCGUUCCACGUUGCGUGUCGAAUUAACAAUUACGCCUGAUUUUCAAUGGGACGAGAAAGUGCACGGUGCUUCUGAAGCAUUUUGGAUUCUAGUGGAAGACGUAGAUUCCGAGGUCAUACUUCAUCACGAGUAUUUCCUUUUAAAAGCGAAAUACGCGACAGACGAGCAUUUGAUCAAAUUCUUUGUACCAGUUUUUGAACCAUUACCACCGCAAUAUUUCUUACGUGUUGUAUCGGACAGAUGGAUUGGAGUUGAGACUCAGUUACCCGUCAGUUUUAGACAUCUUAUAUUACCAGAAAAGAAUCUACCACCAACAGAAUUAUUAGAUCUUCAACCUUUACCAAUAACCGCUUUGAGGAACGCUAAAUUUGAAAAUUUAUAUGCUAAUAAAUUUCCUCAAUUUAAUCCAAUCCAAACACAAGUAUUCAACGCGGUAUACAAUUCUGAUGAUAACGUCUUUGUUGGGGCACCAACUGGAUCUGGAAAGACUACUAUUGCUGAGUUUGCAGUACUUCGUUUGUUGACGCAAAAUCCAGAAGGUAGAUGCGUCUACAUGGUCAGCAAGGAAGCAUUGGCUGAGCUAGUUUAUGCCGAUUGGCUGGUAAAGUUUGGUCAACAAUUGGGUAGGAAAGUAGUUUUAUUAACUGGAGAAACUGGAACAGAUCUUAAAUUACUUGCUAAAGGACAAAUAGUCAUAACGACUGCUGACAAAUGGGAUGUGCUAUCUCGAAGAUGGAAGCAACGUAAGAAUGUACAGAAUAUCCAAUUAUUCAUUGUGGAUGAAUUGCAAUUAAUUGGUGGUGAAGAAGGUCCCGUAUUAGAAGUGGCUUGCUCCAGAGCGAGAUAUAUUUCUUCUCAGUUGGAUAAACCAACUAGGAUAGUAGCUUUGUCAGCGUCAUUGGCCGAUGCUAAGGAUGCAGCACAAUGGUUGGGUGCACCAGCUGCUGCAACUUUUAACUUUCAUCCUUCUGUUAGACCAGUACCAUUGGAAUUACACGUUCAAGGCAUUAACAUUACUCAUAAUGCAUCCAGACUGGCUGCUAUGGCUAAACCAGUGUAUAAUGCGAUACUUAGGCAUGCUUCUCACAAACCUGUUAUUGUCUUUGUGCCGACUCGUCGACAAGCCAGAUUAACAGCUAUCGAUUUAUUAACAUUUACAGCAGCAGAAGGUGCACCAUCAAGAUUUUUCCAUGCUGAAGAAGCUGACAUCAAACCUUUCUUAGAUAGAAUGACAGAUAAAACAUUGAAAGAGACCUUGUCUCAAGGUAUAGCUUAUUUGCAUGAAGGACUUUCUGCAGAUGAUCGGCGUUUAGUUGAACAAUUGUUUGACAGUGAUGCCAUUCAAGUAGCAGUGGCAACCAGAGACUUGUGUUGGAGUUUAUCCAUCAGUUCACAUCUGGUAGUAGUAAUGGACACUCAAUGUUACAAUGGUAAAACUCAUGCGUACGAGGAUUACCCAAUAACAGAUGUUUUACAAAUGGUAGCACGAGCUAAUCGACCAUUAGAAGACGACGAUGCUAAGUGCGUACUUCUUUGUCAAAGUUCUAAAAAGGAUUUCUUUAAAAAGUUCUUAAACGAGCCACUACCAGUAGAGAGUCAUUUGGAUCACAGAUUACACGAUCAUUUUAACGCUGAAAUUGUUACAAAAACGAUAGAAAACAAGCAGGAUGCAGUUGAUUAUCUUACAUGGACAUUCCUGUACAGAAGACUCACUCAAAAUCCAAAUUAUUAUGGAUUGCAAGGAAUCACGCAUAGACACUUGUCAGAUCAUCUAUCCGAAUUGGUUGAAACAACAUUGAAUGAUCUUGAACAAGCCAAAUGUGUAGCAGUCGAGGAUGAAAUGGACACCUUACCAUUGAAUCUUGGAAUGAUCGCUGCUUAUUAUUACAUCAAUUAUGCCACCAUUGAAUUGUUCAGUUUAUCUUUGAACAACAAAACGAAGAUUCGUGGUCUAUUGGAGAUUAUAUCGGCAGCUGCGGAAUACGAAACUGUUCCAGUAAGACAACGUGAAGAGAAUUUAUUGAGAAGUUUAGCUGCACGACUUCCUCAUGCGCCUCAAGCAACUAGAAUGGCUGAUCCUCAUGUAAAAGCUCAAUUACUUUUACAAGCUCAUCUCUCUAGAAUACAAUUAGGGCCGGAAUUACAAAAAGACACAGAAUUAGUUUUAAGCAAAGCAGUCAGAUUGAUACAAGCCUGUGUCGAUGUUCUUAGUUCUUCAGGUUGGUUGACACCUGCCGUUGCUGCUAUGGAAUUGGCACAGAUGGUAACGCAAGCUAUGUGGUCAAAAGAUUCAUAUCUCAAACAAUUGCCACACUUUACCUCAGAAACGAUCAAACGAUGCACAGAAAAGAAGGUUGAGACAGUCUUUGACGUUAUAGAACUUGAAUUUGAUGAUAGAAAUAGACUUUUACAAUUGACAGAUGCGCAAAUGGCGGACGUUGCUAAAUUUUGUAAUCGUUAUCCCAACAUUGAAAUGUCUUACGAGGUUCAGGACAAAGAUAAAUUGCACAGUGGUGGUACUGUAAAUGUUAUUGUACAGCUUGAAAGAGAAGAUGAAGUAACUGGUCCAGUAGUAGCACCAUUCUUCCCACAAAAACGUGAAGAAGGUUGGUGGGUUGUUAUUGGGGAUCCUAAAACGAAUUCUUUACUAUCUAUCAAGAGAUUAACUUUACAACAAAAGGCUAAAGUAAGGUUAGAUUUUGUUGCCCCGACACCAGGACAGCAUUCAUAUACUUUAUAUUUUAUGAGCGAUGCUUAUCUUGGGUGUGAUCAAGAGUACAAAUUUACAAUUAACGUUGGUGAAUACGAAUCAGAUGCAAGUUCUGGUUCUGAAUCAGAAUAAACAAAUAUUAUUGCUGAAUUUCUUCAUCGAUUGCUAUUGGAAGUCAAGGUAUCAUCACAUUUACGUGUCUUAUUAUAACUCUAAUUAUUUAUGUUGAGACUAAUCCAAUUCAAUCGAUAGGGCCAAUUAUAUCAGCACUUGAUUAUAAUAUCUUUCUAAUAUAGGUUAAAUAACAUUUUUUCUAUAUGUAUAAUAGAUUCUGCGAUUUUAUUAGGAUUCCAUCAUACCAUCCGGACAAAGGAUGUACUGCGAGACUCACAAAUGUAACAUUUGGAAGAAACGUUAAAUAUAUAUAAGAAGAAAAGCGUACGUUAUUCAAUCACACAUCCAUCAUUAUUAACAACCCCAGAAGUGUAUAUAGAUAUACGCACAUAUACAUAUUAUAUAUAUAUAUAUAUCUCUCUUCUCAUUAGUAUGAUGUGUGUAUGUCUCUCUCUCUCUCUCUUUCUCUUUCUCUCUCUCUCUCCCUCACUCUGUGUAUACGUGAAUGUUUAUUGUGUGUGUAUGGCACAUAAUACUGAUAAUUAUUUGCAUAUAAGCGAAGUCUAUUAAUCGGUCAGUUUUUAACGGUCAGAGAAAUUUGUAUAAAAGUAAAUUUCAAAGAUUACAGUUUUA